GAUGAAUAUCGGAUGGUUAUGAUUUUGAUGAACAUUACCUGUUAAGCGCCUCUGUAUUUGUUAAACUCUACGAGCCGGAAAAAGGGUCUCGCAAUUAUCUCAUCUCUCUUAUCUGUAUUCUUUCGAAUUGCCAAGGAUGAGUGGCCUCACAGUUCUCUCCGAUUCGGCCGUGCAUCGGCUGCUCAUCGGUCUUUCUAAAGACGAGAUAAUCGCUUUCCAGGCCUCACUCUCAAAAUGCCUUCAGGGGUUUUCUGUCGGCACAGAACGCCAGUACCAGCCUACGCCUGGUAUUAUCAACCGGCCUAAUGGCCAAAAGACACUAUUUAGGCCCUUCACGUCACCCACUGCGGUCGGCACAAAGAUCAUUGUCGAUCCAGCGCCGAAAAGCGACAACACGAAACUACCGCUACAGGGAGUCGUGGCUUUAUGCGAUGAGAACGGCUUACCGAAAGGCAUAAUCAAUGGCGGAGAACUCACGGGAUACCGUACCUCGUUAAUUGCCAUAAUCCCUUAUAUGUGGCGCCGUAACACCGAAAAUGUUGUCGUGUACGGUUCUGGCAAACAGGCACUCUGGCACAUACGACUCAUGUUAGCCUUGAGGGGGAUGGAGAUUAAGACCAUCACAGUCGUGAAUCGUUCCGAAUCAAGAGCCAGAGAGAUGCUCGAUAAAAUCGCGCAGGAGAAUGCUGCGCAGUGGAAGUCCUCCGCUACGAUGGAAUAUCUCAACCCGUCGGGUUCCAACUUCGAACAGUCUUUGAAAGGCAUACUGGCGGAGGCCGAUGCUAUCUUUUGCACAGUGCCUUCCUACGAGCCAUUGUUUCCAGCCGAGUACAUAUUGAACCAAGGGAAACGCACAAAAAGCCCGUAUAUCUCAGCCAUUGGCUCAUGGCAGUCUAACAUGAUAGAAUUAGAUCCGGCCCUAAUAAAAGGCAUUGUCAACGACGCCGAAAAUGGGUUCCACCCUGAACACGGCUCAGCAGGCGCCAUCUUGGUCGACGAUCGCACAACGAUCUUAACACAUACUGGAGAAGCUGUCAAGAGUGAAUUAAAGCUAGAUGACAUGGUUGAAGUCGGCAAAAUCUUCUAUCUACGAGAAAACGAGCCCGACAAAACUCAGAAAGAGAAGCUGAACCAAUGGCUUGCGGAAGGACUCGUCGUAUACAAGAGCGUCGGAGUUAGCGUGACAGAUCUCGCGGCCGGGGAAAGAAUCUUGGCACUGGCGAAGGAGCAUAAUCUAGGAGUACAUAUAGAAGAUUUCUAGCCAG